CACAAACACCUCUCUCUCUCUAGUUUAUCUUUUUCUUUUCUUUGUGGGACGGAUAACAGAGCUCAAACACUCUUCCUCGUUUCUCAACGUCACAAAUGGCCCUCUCCUCAGCCUUUGCGGUCACUGCAACUACCACCGCCGCCGCUGACACCACCAGCAGGAGCAGCUGGUGCAUGAAUUCCCUCCGUUCCACUCUCCCAUCCCUUCCUCCUCUUCCUACUUCUUCAAUUCGCUUCCCUCACUCUCCUUCUUCUUCUUCCUCGCGAACGCUCCGAAUUUCGCGCUCCAAACCCAAAGCGCUUCUUCCCUCUUUCACUGGCCUUGCCCCUCUCCACCCUCUCUUCCUCUCCGGUUCUUCCUCUUCAGAAUUCACUGGCUUUGAUCACUGUUUCACCAUUAUCGACAAUGGUGGUCGUGUCUCUGCCAUGAGGCAUGGAAGGCGAGUGCCCAAACUCAACAGGCCCCCUGAUCAGCGCCGAGCACUUAUUCGAGGACUUACAACUCAGCUCCUUAAAUACGGUCGCAUCAAGACCACCAGGGCAAGAGCCAGCGCAAUUAGGAAGUAUGUCGAUAAGAUGAUCACUUUGGCCAAGGAUGGUUCUCUUCAUAAAAGGAGGCAAGCCCUCGGCUUCAUCUAUGAGAAGCAGAUUGUUCAUGCUUUAUUUGCAGAGGUUCCAGAGCGAUAUGGUGAAAGAAAUGGGGGUUAUACAAGAAUCAUAAGAACCCUACCGAGGCGGGGCGAUAAUGCACCUAUGGCAUUCAUUGAACUUGUGUAGCCAUGAGGCCUUGAUUUGACUGCAAUUACUGGAAAUGGUAAAUUGAUUUAGGGUUGAUAAUCCAUCCAAUGCUAAGUUGAUUCUACAGAAAAUUUUCAAUGUUUAUUUGUAUUUGUAUUAUGUUUUAUUCUUUUA